UACUACUACUCCUUUUUAUCCGACCAAUGGGACUGAGUACCCUACUACUACUACUCCUUUUUAUCCGACCAGUGGGAGUGACUUCACUACUACUACUACUCCUUUUUAUCCGACCAAUGGGACUGAGUACCCUACUACUACUACUCCUUUUUAUCCGACCAAUGGGACUGACUUCACUACUACUAUGACUCCUUUUUAUCCGACCAAUGGGACUGACUUCACGACUACUACUCCUUUUUAUCCGACCAAUGGGACUGAGUACCCUACUACUACUACUACUCCUUUUUAUCCGACCAAUGGGACUGACUUCACGACUACUACUACUGCUACUGAUCAGACCAGUUGGACUGACUACACUACUACUGCUGCUCCUACCACCACAACUGACUUCCCUACUAGUACUACUCCUGCUCCUGCCACUCCUCCACCCACUACUACUACUCCUGCUCCUACCACUCCUCCACCCACUACUACUACUACCACUACAACUCCUCAUCCUACUACUACCACUACAACUCCUCCGACUACCACCCCUCUGGUUUGUGAUAAUGGAGGGAUAUCAGUGAGUGGUGUCUGUAUCUGUCCUGAUGAAUGGACCGGAAUGACAUGCUCAGAGGAAAACUUCUGCCAAGCCCAAGAGUUGGGUGAAUUCAAAUUCCCACGCACUCCCAUUGGCUGGUUUGCAUAUUCUGAGGAGGUCUGUCCAAAAGGGUCGAGUGGUGCUGGUAAACCCCGGGCUUCGACCCGAUGUUCAACCAAGAAUGGCCCACCGAGUUUAGAGCAUCCACCACAGGUCCUCCAGUGUGACCAGACGCUCAGUGACAUACAACAAAACCUGACCAGCUCUGCUGAUUUAGAGAUGCUGGCGACCAGCACUCAGAUCCUGACCUCCAAACCUGAAGAGCUGACGGCUGAAAACAUCACAGCAGCGGCUCAGAUCGCCAACACACUGCUGUUGUCUCCGAACGUCUCAGAGAGUGUCAGGGUAGCAGCGGUAGCUACAGUCAGCCAGCUGCUGAACACCAGCACACCAGACGAUGGCAAGGAAAACAACGCCACUCUGGGUCUGACGGUGACCCUGGAUCAGCUCUCUGUGAACCUCAGCCUCAGUCUCAACGUGUCUCAGUCGCAGGUGGUUCAACCAAACCUUGUGGUUCAGUCUGUGCAAAUCCCUGCGGCGGACACUCAGGGAGUCCAGUUCACCUCUUUCUCAGGAACGUCCGGCAAUUUCAUUGCCGACCGCAUUCAGCUGAACACCAACACGUCAACAGUCGUGGUGGAAAAUGGGUUCAUCGCCGACGCCCUGAUUUACAUACGAUUCCCACCAGAGGACGCCGUCCGUGUUCAUCAGCAGCCGUCCAACGUCUCCCUGGGUUUCGUCCUCUAUCAGAACGACCGCUUCUUCAGGUCGAGACGCUACAGACGGCGUCACGCCACCAUCAGGGUCCUGUCGGCCACUGUCAGAGGUCAGGGGCGCAGCGUGGUGCCGCAACACGUGGAGAUGCUGUUCAGACCGACGGUGAUGGACGGUACGUCUCUGUUUGACUUCGCUUGUGUCUUCUGGGACUACAGUCUGGAGGACUGGAGCACCGCCGGCUGCUCCAAAGGAAACGCUUCAGACGGACUCCUCAGAUGUUUCUGCAACCACACCACCAACUUCGCUGCGCUCUGGUCUUUCAGAGAGAAUUACGAAUACGCAGAAGCUCUGAACAUCAUUUCUAUCGUCGGACUUUCUUUGUCCAUUCUGGGUUUGGUUGUUACGAUAAUCCACCACCUCAAAGACAGUUUUCAGACAAUGUCUCGUGAGCGUCAGAACUACAAGAACUCCAAACUCGCCCUGCUGUGUAUCUGCGUGAGCCUGCUCGCCUUCAUCAUCACCUUCCUCUCUGGAAUUACAAAUCGCCGACAGCUGGACGGUGCAGUGGAGGUCGACACGAAAACCAAUACCAUCCCGGGCUGUGACGAACACGUGGAGCCGGAUGGGGGCUCGUGUACGGCAGUGGCGGCUCUGCUUCACUUCUUCCUGUUAGCCACUUUCACAUGGACGAGCCUGUACGGCACUCAGCUGGUGAUACUAGUCCGGACGAUGCGCCAAUAUCUGCCUCCGUUCUGGACACCGCUCAGCGUGGCGGUGGGAUGGGGAGUCCCAGCCGUCUCCAUGGCGACCACACUGGCAGUGUCCUACAGAGUGGACAAUCCUCUAGGAUACAGACAGGAGGAAUUCUGCUGGCUCGCAGCUCUGGAUAAGAACAAACACUUUGACUUCAAGAAGCCGAUGUUCUGGGGUUUCCUCCUUCCGCUCGGGCUGAUCCUGAUCUACAACAUCAUCAUGGUGGUUCUGGUCUCUCUGACCACCUGCAGGACCAACCCCGCCCUCAACAGCACCAAACGUUUGUCGCUGUGGAAGAAGUUCCUCACCAGUUUGUCUCUGGUGGUGUUACUGGGUCUGUCCUGGUCUUUGGGCUACCUGCAGCUCGUCACCACGGAAGACACCCACCUGACCUUCAGCAUCCUCUUCUGCCUCUGUACAACCACACAGGGCUUUCAGAUCUUCGUCCUCUUCACAGCCAGAACGCCGAGCUUCAGAGCCACCGUGUCGCGCUCUGUUCAGUAUGUCUCGUCUGUCAACAUCUCGCUAAAAGAGACAAAGUACAAGUUGCAGAGGACCUGGGCGACGAGCAGCACAGAGUCCUACAAAGACCUGAGAGACUUCCGUUUGUAGGAACCUUCAUCAUGACGAACACUGAACGACCUGUUUCUACUGUUUGUGUCUCAGUGAAAUCUGACCUCACAGAUUUAGUGACUUCCUGUUUCAGAAGUCCAUCCAGAACAUAGGUCCAUGAAUCAGCUUAUAAAUCUCAGAGAAAACAGUCUGCAGAACCUGCCUGAGAACCUCCGUGUUCUUAAAUGUUCCUCAGGUUCACAGAGAUCCAGUGAGAGUAAUCUGUUCAUCCGUGAGUUCACUGUGAACUCGAGCUGCUCACACAUCGUUCAGCUCACUGUAAAUUGACCCACAUAUAGAUUACUGCACCCAGUUAGAGGAAACCCUACAUUCUGUUAAUGCCUCCUGCUCAGCCAGGAUACACUGGAGGAACUACACUUCCCAGAAUGCAUGGAGUCCCUCAGGAGGAGCCAGGAGAUGGAACAAAGACACUGAAACACAGUAAGAGAGAAAUCAGGUGAAAAUCUGAUUUAAAUUUAAUUUGUGGGUCAAAUCAGCUUUUUAAAGCAGUGACUCUGUUUCACCACCAGGUGGCAGCUGUUUGCAACAUUCUCCUCAAUCAAAUCAUUUUAUUCCUUAACUGAACGUUUAUUAUUUUAUGAUGGUUCAUCUAUAAUAAUUACAUUUUAUGUAGAAAAAUGUCUGUCAGCAGUUUUCUUCUGUAAAUGUUGCGGAGCUGCUGUGUUUCUGUGUUUUGUCACUGAUUGUUUAAUUUCUAUGUAAAUAUUUUUUUUAAAAAAUACAUACACUCAUCAUACACAUUACACUUAUAUUUUUACUUCAGUAUUUUUAAAGUUGCUUUGCACAUUAAAAACGAUUAUUGAUUUUUAAAAUAUGGUGAUCACAUCAUUAUUAUUCAAUAUAAUAACAUUUAUCACAUUAUACAAAAUGAUAAUAUAAUAACAUAAUAUAUAACUGUUAUUGAUACUAAACUUAAAUCUGAACCAAUGUUAGGGAAAAAAUAAAUAUUGCAAUAAACAGAAAAAUAAUUAAUUAUAAUGGAAACAAAAGGAUCCUAAAUAAUUUACACUUUUAUUUUUUUAAACUUUUUAAAAUGAUGAUUAAAUAUUAUAAUGUCAAUAAAAUUUUUCUACGCAA